GUGGUAGUAGGGUUGCACCCCCCGUUACACGUCACGCGGUCCUCCGUUAGGGUGAAGAUACAGGCAAUGUCACACAGCUCCUCUCAUCACCACGACAAAGAUUCAUCACAUUUUGUGUAAAAAGCAACUGGAGAUAUAAUUAGAGCUAAAUCGCACUGAUCGAGCUUUAGUAGAGGCGCGUCUGGUGCUCUCCAAGGUCCUGAACUUCCUCUAGUCCAGUUUUACUUAACUACAUGCAAACAGGCAGCUCUUGACACCCAGUUACAGCUCUCAACGCACAACUUUCAACCAUGGAUGAGGGUUACAGAGACCGUACGGCCUUCAUUAAAGGCGCUAAGGACAUUGCCAAAGAAGUGAAAAGGCAAGCGGGUAAAAAAGUGGGUCGCCAUAUGGACAAAGUGGGCGACGAGUACACCAAGCGCUCUUAUACUCGCUUCGAAGAGGAUGACGACGAUGACGACUACCCCGUGCAGGCCCAGGAUGGCAGCUAUUACCGUAGCAACAGCAGGGCCAAUGACGACGAAGGGGCUCACAGCGACUCCACAGAAGGUCACGAUGAAGACGACGAGAUCUACGAGGGCGAGUACCAGGGCAUCCCCAGAAAUGACUCGGUGGAAAAGGGGGACAGACAGGUGGGAGGCGUGGGACAGUCGCAGUACCGGGACAUUGCGCAGUAUGAGGGGGAAAGGAGGAAGGAUCAGGAGGAGUUGGCCCAACAGUACGAGACCAUCCUGCAGGAGUGUGGCCAUGGCCGUUUCCAGUGGUCCCUUUACUUCGUGCUGGGUCUGGCCCUCAUGGCGGAUGGCGUGGAGAUCUUCGUAGUGGGCUUUGUACUGCCCAGUGCUGAGAAAGACAUGUGUUUGUCUGAACCUAACAAAGGGAUGCUGGGUCUCAUUGUGUAUCUGGGUAUGAUGGUUGGUGCCUUCGUAUGGGGAGGUCUGGCAGACAGAAUCGGGCGCAGACAGACCCUUCUUAUAUCUCUCUCCAUCAACAGUGUCUUUGCGUUCUUCUCCUCGUUUGUUCAAGGAUACAGCUCCUUUCUUUUCUGCCGUCUGCUUUCUGGUGUGGGGAUUGGUGGUUCUAUACCCAUCGUCUUUUCGUAUUACUCUGAGUUUCUGUGUCAAGAGAAGCGUGGUGAGCACCUCAGCUGGCUCUGCAUGUUCUGGAUGUUUGGAGGCAUCUACGCUGCUGCCAUGGCCUGGGCCAUCAUACCCCACUAUGGCUGGAGCUUCCAGAUGGGAUCAGCCUACCAGUUUCACAGCUGGCGAGUGUUCGUGCUGGUGUGUGCGUUUCCGUCUGUCGCCGCUAUCGUGGCUCUGACCACCAUGCCAGAGAGCCCACGUUUUUAUCUGGAGAACGGGAAACAUGAUGAAGCCUGGAUGAUUUUGAAGCAGGUCCACGAUACGAACAUGAGAGCUAAAGGUCAUCCUGAGAGAGUUUUCUCUGUCACUACCAUUAAGACGGUGAAGCAGAUGGAUGAGUUGGUUGAUAUGGGUGGAGAGGCCGCAGCAUGGCACCAGCGCUGGAGGGUCAAGCUGACAAACCUCUUUCAUCAGGUGUGGAGCAACUUCCUGACCAUCUUUAAUCCGGAAUACAGGAGGAUCACAUAUAUGCUGAUGGCCGUGUGGUUUUCCAUGUCCUUCAGCUACUACGGUUUGACUGUUUGGUUCCCUGACAUGAUCAAGUAUCUGCAGAGACAAGAGUACUCCUCGCGCACUAAAAUCUUUAUCAAAGAAAAAGUGGAGCAUGUGACCUUUAACUUCACCCUAGAGAACCAGAUCCACAGGAAUGGAGAGUACUUCAACGACAAGUUCUUAAAUCUGAAGAUGAAGUCUAUGGUGUUUGAGGAUUCCCUGUUUGAGGAAUGCUACUUUGAAGAUAUUACGUCAAGCAACACCUUCUUCAGAAACUGCACCUUCAUCUCCACCCUUUUCUACAACACUGACCUCUUCAAGUACAGACUCAUCAACAGCAAGCUCAUCAACAGCACCUUUAUUCAUAACAAAGAGGGUUGCAUGCUGGAUUUCAGCGACGAGAACAACGCCUACAUGAUAUAUUUCGUCAGUUUCCUCGGAACUCUUGCUGUCCUUCCCGGGAACAUCGUGUCCGCUCUGCUUAUGGAUAAGAUUGGUCGUCUAAGGAUGUUGGCCGGUUCCAGCGUGAUUUCCUGCAUCAGCUGCUUCUUCCUGUCGUUUGGAAACAGCGAGUCGGCUAUGAUAGCGUUGCUUUGUCUCUUCGGUGGGAUCAGCAUCGCGUCGUGGAACGCUCUGGAUGUGCUCACGGUGGAGCUGUACCCCUCUGACAAGAGAACAACAGCCUUUGGGUUCUUGAAUGCCCUGUGCAAGUUAGCUGCAGUUCUGGGCAUCAGCAUCUUUCAGUCAUUUGUGGGCAUCACUAAAGCGGUGCCCAUCCUCUUCGCUUCAGGGGCUUUGGCGGUCGGAAGCUUCUUGGCUUUAAAGCUCCCUGAAACUCGUGGUCAGGUGCUUCAAUAAUGCAGCAUUCCAGCCAGCAGGUGGCGCGUUUGAGUAAGGAUUGCCCGACUGUGUCAAACCCGAAUCCCAAUCCCUGUUCGUGAGUGAGCAAUGCCGGAAGCAGCCGAAACAAUUUCCACACUUACAGAUCAGUUAGCGAUAUCUUCAUCCCUCCAACGUGUGGAACUGUAUCAUAAUUCAUUUUAUUCCCUUAUUAAUUAUCAAAUAAUUAUCAUUCUUCAGUAGGGAAUAUUGAUUGAUAGUGUGUAGGCUGUUCUUCUUUGUUUGAUUUAUUCAUGAAUCAACCCCCUGGCCAUGUCUUGUCGUCUCAGAGGAAUAAUGUGUGUGUGUAUGCAUAGAAUAACUGCGUGUGAAACACAUUUCAGCUUUGUGUUGUUUAUGGUAUGAAUCUAAAAAAUAACACGAUUAGUUUGACUUUCCCUUCAUUUUUGUUUAAUCCAUUGUGUGAUUUGAAAAAUCGUCGAGGUCCGGGGACAUCAGUAGUUAGAUAUUUGAAUAGACAGUGUUGAUCUAGUGGUGACGGUACUUUUGUUCUAGUUGUUUGCGUCCCAACAAAAGUAAAAUUUUAUAAAAAAAUUGUGUGAUGACGCAAUAUUGGCUCAGGCACGCAAUGAGUUUUAAUGCAAUUACAGAUAAAGUCACAUUAUUAUAGGCAGUGCAGAUAAUAACUACACUAAUAAUUUCACUCUGUGUGCUUUUACAAAAUGUUUGAUUAUUAAAGGUGUUGUGCAUGUAAUGAAGUGUGACAUUCAUAAGAUUAUGCUUGAACUGAAGAAAGUGCUCUGUAUUAAUGUACUUCUUUCAACAUGAUGUGAAAUAUAAGAUAAGUGACGUAUAGGUAUUGGGUUGGCAUUUUUAUGGGCAAGCCUGCUGUUAUCUUUAUUUUACAUUAUUGUUUCAUCAGAACAACAUACAAGUUUGCGAGUUUGUUUGUGUUCCUCUUGAUGUCUACAGAGUAGCUUCGGUUGUGUCCCCUUGAAUGAGCACAGGUGAGAAUUUGACCGACUUACAUCACAUACUUACAUCUUGCAGAUCUUCAUUCAUUCAACUUACAUGACAAAAGAAAAAAAAUCCAUAAUUGAAGCACAAGGCGAUUUGAUUAAACUAUCCAAACCAAUAGGUUUAUUUUGAUGAAUAUGUAAAUUAUGUAUUGAAUAUAAAUAUAUGAAAAUGAUAUGUUAAUCAAAUUUGUCUGUUUGAAAACUCUAGCUAAUAUUAUAUAUAGAAUAUAUAUGCACAUAUAUAAAAAUAUAUAUGUAUAUAUAUAUAAAGAAAAAUACUUUCAUGUUAAGAUGUUGAUCUAGUACCAACAUAAUGUCUUAGAUUCAUUUUGAUGUGUGUAUAUAUACAGUUUAUCUGUUUAAGGGAUUUUUAUUAUUAUUAAAGCAAAUAUGGUAAAACGUGACUGAAUAAGUCCAUACACAGGACACACAGACACCCUCAUAAAUGUUUUCUCUCAUGUUCUUAUAAUGACGUUGAGGUAUCUGUCUGUAAGUAUGUGUGUGUGUGUGUGUAUGGAGGUAUGUGUGCUUGCAUGUUGAAUAUUUGUAUUUAUUUAUAUAUAACUGUUGAUGAGAGUUUGAUUUUAUAGUAUUUUUUACUUUGAGUAUCUGUGGAAACAGAUGUAGUGCAACAUGCAGGGUGAAUUUUUGCUGUAUCAUUGUCAACCUGUUGUUUAAAACGGUUUGGUGACAUGGUAGCAGUAACUAAAUAUAGCAUCAAAACAAGCCACAAAACGCUUAAAAACCCCAAAAUCGAUUUUAAAAUUGCACUGAUAAGAAACAAAAAACUGUAUAUUCAACUAGGACAAACGGCAAGAAAUUUUAACUUCUGCUACAUUUUACCAAGCACAAUUAAUACUAGUUUCAACUAGACUUUAUUAUUAAGCAGAUAUUGAACAGUGUUGGGGGUAACGCAUUACAAGUAAUGUGCAUUACGUAAUAAUAUUACUUUUCUGAAGUAACGAGUAAAGUAACGCAUUACUUUUUAAAAGUACACAUUAAUAUUUGAGUUACUUUUUUAAAAAAGUAAUGCAAGUUACUUUUUUAGUUUAAUUAAUUCGAUUAAAAAAAGAUUAUGUACUGAAUUAAAAUAAAACAUAGUCACAUUAUGCACUCUAUGGGUACAUGCCUGUGUGGUAAAAGUUUGAGUCAGAAACUGAGAUUGCAGGCUAGAGUUUGACAUAUAAAAAACAUCUGACCUAAAGAAAUCAAGCCUGCAGCCAAGAAAAAGUAAAGCAAAAGUAACUAAAAAGUAACGAAAGCAUUACUUUCCAUGAAAAGUAACUAAGUAACGCAAUUAGUUACUUUUUUUGGAAGUAACUUAAUAUUGUAAUGCAUUACUUUUAAAAGUAACUUUCCCCAACACUGAUAUUGAAGCAGGAUAUUAAAGGAUAAAACCCAACCCAGUUAAAGGGGUAGUUCACCCAAAAAUCAUUUUGUUCAAUACCUGAAUGAGUUUCUUUGUAUUUAAUAGGGAUGCACCGAAUCCAGAUUUUUUAGGUUCGGCCGAAUCCCGAAUCCACCGUUUAAGAUUCGGCCGAAUCCGAAACCGAAUACCGAAUCCUACUCGCAUCCUUAUUCAAUUAACACAGUAAAACACAUUAAUGAAGUAAACAAUGUCCACAGCAGUGUAUUUUUCAUUUUAUUUAUUUUAACUGUACAUUAUGCCAGGAUGACAAGUUGGAAAAACUAUUUUGACAAUUACCAUAAGCCUAUGCAUAAUGAAAGCGAUGCGUUGCGACAUGCUCGUUUUUCCAAUAAGCAAGCAGCUCCGCGCUGAAAAUUAUAUUUAACUUUGAGUGAGAAGCUCCGCUCGUCAAUGUCAGUUUUCACACGGCCGUCCAAUUACAGUGGAGGAGGGGCGGGACAUUACCACAGCAACCAACCGGCUCACAGCUGAAGCAUCACAGCUACCAAGCGCUCGGCUGAAAAACAGCUGGCAUUUGGCGUCCUCAAGGCGUUUUCAGCCGUCUUUAAAAGUUUUGGUGUGUCCAGCCCCUAAGGCUCACCGAAAGAAAAAGCUCAUCUCCACAUCAGCACCCGAUGUGUGUAAUCAACGGCCGUGUGACGUCAAACAGCGUAGCGCAAGUCUAGGGUUCGAUUCGGUGGAAAAAAAAUCUAGGAUUCGGCCGAACCCGAACCCCGUCAAAAAGCCCAGUAUUCGGCCGAAUCCGAAUCCGAAUCCUGGAUUCGGUGCAUCCCUAGUAUUUAACGAAAUAAAGAAAGAUAUUUUGAUAAAUGAUGGUAAGCAUACAGUUGAUGGUAGCCAUUGACAUCUAUAGUAGAAAAAACAAACACUAUGGUAGGUGUGCUUACCAUUGUCAAAAUACUUUCAAUAUAAUAAAAAAACUCAUACAGUUUACAGAGUCAAUUUAUUUUAGGGUGUACUAUCCCUUGAAAAACUAUUUUUCUGUUUUUGAUGCUUUUGAACGUGCACUGUAAAAAAAUGCAGCAUGAAGUUAAAACAAAUUCAAUUCAACGUACUGUUUUAAGUUUUUACCUGCGAUAAGUUGACUUAACUUAAAAAUCAAGUUGAAAUUGUACAAAAUGCUGCAUUUUUUUACAUUGUGCCACACCGCAACAGUUUAUUGGUGUCAUUCAACUUUGUUUACUGCCAUUUUGUAGGAUAGCAGCCAUAUUAUGUGCUCAGAGUAGACACAAAACACAGCCAACCAUUUUUAGAUAGGGCCUUUUUUAAUAUAACUUCAAGACGUACACUAAAACAUCAAUUCUACCAAAGUAACUAACUUAACACAAACCAUUUAUUUAAGGCACAAAAGAAACUUCUGAUUAAGCGCUUUAAAUUGUUAAAUAAUAACCUAGUUUGUUUCGUUUGCAAGAAAGUGGCAUUUUAACCAAGUGAAUACCAGCUUGCCACACGUCGCAUACUGUAGUUUUAAAAUAAACCGUCCUAGAAACUGCCAUCUUUACGGUGACCUCUGCUCAGCGUUUUUAGUGUCACAGAUGCUGUAGUGACAAUCUUUACGUGUGCCAUGUGUGAAAAGUGUGCGUCUUUAAUUGCCAAAUAUUUUCUACUUUCUCAGUUUGUACUGGCAGAUCUCACAUCAUGGCAUACAGGAGAAAAUAAAACAGGUCGUAUACAUUCACUUACAAGCGAUCAAAAUGAGCAAGCAU